AUAUUUCAUUAUUUAUUUCUCCGUGUUUUCAACGCAACCGCUCGCUAGAAGUAGGAGUAGAACACAGCUAUUUUUCUCACCAUCCAAACAGCAAAAAUUUGCUAGAAAAAUCUCUGCAGUAGCUACUAGAAGAAGAAGAAGAAGAUGUCGUGGCAAGCUUACGUAGAUGACCAUCUGAUGUGCGAAAUCGAUGGCAAUCAUCUCUCUGCUGCGGCCAUCAUCGGCCAUGAUGGUAGCGUUUGGGCUCAGAGCGCCACUUUCCCUCAGUUCAAGCCCGAAGAAAUAAUUGGCAUCAUGAAUGACUUUAACGAGCCUGGAACACUUGCACCAACUGGCUUGUAUCUUGGUGGCACAAAAUACAUGGUGAUCCAAGGCGAGCCAGGUGCUGUUAUCAGAGGAAAGAAGGGUGCUGGUGGUGUUACUGUUAAAAAGACUAGUCAGGCUUUGAUCAUUGGUGUGUAUGAUGAGCCAAUGACGCCUGGUCAAUGCAACAUGAUUGUUGAGAGGCUUGGAGAUUAUCUCAUUGAUCAGGGUCUCUGAUUUCAUUGGUAUGUCAUAUUUAUGCGAGUCCCCAAGGUUCCAUACACAUUGUAUCUGCCGAUCUGCUUCUUAAUCCUGGAUAUGGUUGCAGUGAAAUAUGUUACACCUAUUAAAAGUCAUAGAGAACUCAUAUGGAACAAAAAGUUUGGUGCUUUAAAAAGUAGGUACUAUGGUUUUUGUCUUUGUAUUCCUUCAAUGGAUGGUAUUUUGAUGAUUUUUAAGUGAGGUUAUUGUCCAAUGUUUUGAGUCAUAAAUGUGGUAAAAUUGAUUGGCAUAAAUUAUAAAGAGUCUUGUUUAUCUUUUA